CCUGAGCACAGAUAGUGCCCGAGCUGAUAAACAGACCAGAUCCUCCCUCUCGGAGCUCAUGCUCCAGGGGGGAAGAUGGACAAAAUACGGAAAAAUAUCAGGAAUGGAAAGAGCAAAUUGCUCCCUAGAAAGAGAGCCUGGUGCUUCCCUGGGUCCUGAGCUCCGGAGUUUUGAGCAACACCAGGAACCCCAGGGAUGCGGCUGCUUCGAAUGCUGGAGACGCUGGUGCCACCGUCAAACCCAACGCCUCAGGGAGCUUUUCAGGAGGCGCUGUAGGUCUUUACAGAGCUCCACAUGGGACAAGGGGUGGCGGCGGAGGCGGGAGGAAGAGGACAUCCCCCACACACCGGUGGUGAUCAGGAAGGAGCCCAGCACAGCUAACGGAGACCUGCAAGGGUUCAAGGCUGAAAGGGCCUCAGCCCUGAGGAAGAAUCGGAUCUGCCCAACCACCCCCAGCCGGAGGGAGCUGCUGGAGCAGCAGGUAGAAGAACUGGUGCCCGCCUUGCUGCGCUUUGAUAACCUGUCCAUAUUUGAAUUCCUUAACUAUUUGGUGGAAUAUGGCACCCCUGAAGAGGUGCUGGACCUGCUGUUUGCAAAAUAUCGAUACAUCGUAGCUUCCUGCAAGAACGAAGGAAUCCUGGACCAGUGGGAAAUCACCAUGUCCUCCUUCCUGACCAUCUGGCUGGACUACUAUGAGGAGGACUUCCACGAUCCCCCAGAAUUUCCUGCCCUGACAAAGCUGCUGAACUUCACGGGGCAGUACUUGCCAGGCUCAGUGCUCGACUGUCGUGCCGUGUGUUACCUUUGGCGUUUCAGAAAUCUCCAUCAAGCGGAGUUUGUGGGUGGAGAUGAUACUCUGUCUUUGGACCCUGAGCAACACCCUGAACCACCCCAGGAGCACGCCCGAGCUCCGACGGUGGGGCCUGCUGCACCUUUAGGGUCUGAGGGGAUGGAGCUGGUCCCAGCUGCUGGAGCUGAGAGCUUGGCCCAAGCCAUGAUGCCAGCUGCUGUGUUCAAGCCAAGAUACGUGGUCGGACCUCUGAAUCACUGUCCUGACCUGGAAGAGCUACCUGCAACCCUAGGAGCCCUGGAGGCCAAAUGGGCCCCACCACCGGCUAUCGAGCUCAUCGAUGUGCCGGAGCAGCCGCCUCACUCAGUGGAGCAACCGGCUUCAGACCCCGAGCAACACCCUGAACCACCCCAAGAGCCCGCCUGAGCCCUGACUGUGGGGGCUGCUGCACCUUCAGGGUCUGAGGUGAUGGAGCUGGUCCCAGCUGCUGGAGCUGAGGGCUUGGCCCAAACCGUGAUGCCAGCUGCUGUGUUCAGGCCAAGGUAUGUGGUGGUCAGACCUCUGAAUCCCUGUCCCGACCUGGAAGAGCCACCUGCACCCUUGGGAGCCCUGGAAGCCGAACGGGCCCCACCACCAGCUAUCGAGGUCAUUGAUGUGCUGGAGCAGCCACCUCACUCAGGGGAGCAACCGGCUUCGGACCCCGAGCAACACCCUGAACCAUCGUGGCAAGAGCCCCGCCCCGAGGCUGACUGUGGGGCCUGCUGAAGCUCCUGGGCCUGAGGUGAUCGAGCCGGUCCCAGCUGCUGGUGCUGAAAGCUAAGCCUGGGCUGAGAUGCCAGCUGCUGAGGUCAAGCCAAAGUACCUGGGGGUCAUACCUUUGAUUCACUGUCCCGACCUGGAGGAGCCACCUGCUUCUUGGCCACCCCAGAAGGAGGAGCAUGUCCCGGUGCCGGCUCUCGAGUUCAUCGAAGGGCCGGACUGCCACCUGCCUCAGUGGAGCCACCAGCCUUGGCCCCCGAGCAGCAGCUUGUGAUGGCUGCAGCACAAUUGAAGCCUUCCCCUCCCCUUUCAUUGUGCUGUUUCUGUAUUUUGUGUUUUUUGUAAACCUCUAUAAUUGCUUCAUAAAUUUUAUUUGUAAUAAAGGAUAAGUUAACUUUGUAAAAAUUGACUCUGUUGCUUUUAAAUUAUACAUCGUGGUACUUUAGGUCCAUUCAUACUUCGAAACUCAUUCUAUGAGGCUAGCAUCACCUUAAUUCCAAAACCAAAGACCCCACCAAAAAGGAGAAUUAUAGACCUAUAUCCCCGAUGAACAUGGAUGCAAACAUUCUCAACAAGAUAUGA